CCAAGCACCACCCACAAAAACGAUACGUCAGAGAGAGGAACACCUUCAGGGCUUCAACCAUGGCGGCGAUUUCAUCCGUCCACGACGGCGACGAGGGUUUUGGGGAUUUCAAAUUCGCCUCCUUCCCAAAUCCGACCGUCCAUUUCAAUCAGAUUAACGGCACAGAUUUCACCGACGAUGAAUGGGGCGAUUUCGUCGUACAUCCACUCUCCAAUGUACUCUCCCACAUUCAAUCAUCGUCCAACCCCUCCCAAACCGCAAAGCCCUUCGACCCUUUUGGUUUCUUCCCCAACGAUUCAGCGAAGCCCUCCGAAUCGGUGGUGAGCUGCGUGGACUCAGUGCCGACUCGAUCUGAAUCCGAGAAGAAACAGUGGGUUAAGCCUCAAGGUGCCUUGCCGUUAUCGAUCUUUGGGGAGGAGGAGGAGGAGAAGGAAGAGAAGGAAUCUGAUUCCUCCGAGCCCGCGCAGACUUUCGAUCACAAACGAGUCGAUUCUGCGAAGCACGGACCGAAGGUGGAUCCGGUUGUUGGGAUUAAUGAUAUUCUUUCAAAUUUGUACAGUCAGAAUCAGCAGAUCAAGGGUGAAAAUGGGUCGCCUGCGGUCUCUAAUGGGCGGAAUUUGAACUCAAAUUCGGAUUCAAAUACGUUGCAUGCGGAUUUGGUUGAUGGGGAUGAUGGUUUUGAUGAUGAUGAUGGAUGGGAAUUCAAGGGUGCCGUCUCUGAAAAUUCUAAGGUACAAGUGGGUUCAGGAUUAUUAGGACUGGAAGUUGAGACAACAGUAAAGCAAGAAAUGCAGGAAAAUCCUGGUGGAGGCAAAUACACAUCUGGAUUUUGCAAUGCUUUGGAUGGUUCUAGAGAUUUCUUUGCUGCACCAAAUGGGCUUUGGCAAGAAAGUUCUAAUGGAGCCAAACGCAUGUCUGGUUUUCACAAUGCUCCUGAUAGCUCGGGUGAUUUCUGUGCUGCUUCAAAUGGGCUUUGGCAGGAAAAUUCUGAGGGAGCCAAAUAUGCAUCUGGGUUUCACCAUGCUCCUCAUAAUUCUAGUAGUUUCUUUGAUGCAUCAAAUGUGCUUUGGCAGGAAUCUGAGGGAACCAAAAACACAUCUGGGUUUCACAAUGCUCCUGAUAAUUCUAGUGGUUUCUUUGAUGCUUCAAAUGGGCUUUGGCAAGAAUCUAGGGGAUCUGGGUUUCACAUUGCCUCUGGUAAUUCUAGGGAUUUGUUUGAUGCAUCAAAAGGGCUUUGGCAGGAACCUGAGGGAGCCAAACACGUAAGUGGGUCUCACAAUGGUCCAGAUAGUUCUAGUGAUUUCUUUGAUGCAUCAAAUGAGCUUUGGCAGGAAAAUCCUGAGGCAUCAAAACAAGUAUCUGGGCUUCACAAUGCUCCAGAUAAUUCUGGUGUUUUAUUUGCUGCAUCGACUGAACUUUGGCAGGAAAAUUCUGGAGGAGAAAAUUACACAUCUGGGUUUAUCAAUGCUCCAGAUAGUUCAACUGAUUUUUUUUCCAUGUCAAAUGGGCUUUGGCAGGAAAAUGCUGAGGGAACCAAAGCCUCAUCUGGGUUUCACAAUGCUACAAAUAGUUCUACUGAUCCUUUUGCUGUGUCAAAUGGGCUUUCUUAUGAACCUAGCAAAUUGGAUAUUGGAUUUGAUUUCAAACCAACUCUUGCACAAAAUGAUACCAUUGCAGAUUCAAACUCUACAGGCAAGCUGAUUGAUAGUGAGAAUGUGUUGAAGCCUUAUCUGGGAGAUGAAAAUGUUGAUCCUGAUGAAAAUUUUGGGGAAUUUAAGGAUGCGUUUUCUGAAACCGAGUUGAAGUAUGAGGAAGAGCAAAAGCUUGCUGGCAUUUCUCAUCCUGGGGUUCAAGUUCCCAAGUUUGAUGGUGGAAUCCAGGAAAAUGAGGGAAAGCCAGUGAAUCAUAAAGGAGCUCUGCCCCUGUCUAUGUUUAGCUAUGGAGAACUGGAAACUGAUGACUCUUUGAAUCAUCAAGAUUUUUUGGCUUACAAGCCCAACUCCAAUCCAAGAAAUGACACAACCCUUCAGGCUUCUAAUAUAUCUAUUAAUGAUCUUAUAUCAAGUUUAUACAACCAAUCUGAGCCAAGCACAUCUGUUGAUUCUGCCCAAAAACCAAGUGAAAAUGGGUUUAGUUUUGCUGAAACAGUGCUGGAUUCUGAUUUAGUUAAUGGUAGCGAUGAUUUUGAUGAUGAUUCCUGGGAAUUUAAGGAUGCCUUUUCAGGAGCCAAAGCUGAAGAUAUGACUUCUGCUCAUGGUGUUGAUAAUGCACAUCAAAACUUUUCUACCAAAGUAGAGCUAAAGGAUUAUGUCGACUUCUAUUUGAAAUUGAAAGAGGAGUCAUGCUUUGUUGCACUCUGCCAUCUUGACAGUCUUAAGAAAGCUAAAACUGAUGCUGCCCUGUCUGGUGAAGAUGUGAAAGCAGUGGCUCUUGACGAGGAGAUCAAGGAAGCCUGCAAGGAAUUGUCCCAAGAGAAUAUGCUCCCCAAAGAAGUCAAUCCUGAGAAUGGUCCACCAAGAAAUAUUUGCCUUGAUGGAUUUCUUGAAGAUCUGUGUGGACCAAAGUUUCAAGUGCUUGAGUCUGAAUAUCACUUAUCAAGAAGACUAUCAUUGGCAGAGAAGGAUUUGAGGUCAGCAGUUGAACUCUUUAAACAUGCUACAUCAAUACUAAAGAUUCUCAUGUUGAGAUCAAUGGACGAGGUGACCAACUAUGUUUCCACAUGGUCUAGAAUGAUCUCUGUUUGUGCUCAAGAGUUGAAACAGGGUGCCUUUAUUUGGAAGCAAUCAUUGCAGAAGAAUGUUCACAAUCAAAUACUAUUUGAACCUCAAGGCCAGAAGUUUAUUCUUGCCCUUGGAGAGAUUUACAGAGUAGUCAAAGUUCUUGGUGCCUCGGCCAGACUUUUCAAGCUAUGGGUAUUGUUAAGUUCUGCAAAAGUUGACAUCUUUGUUCUUUUGGAGGAAUGUUCUACCAUAUGGUCAAGUUCAGGACUUGAAGACGCUCUCCACUGUAUAUGUGAUCCAGUUGGUUUUGAAUAUGAUGCGACUGUCCAGGCAUUACUGGCAUCCAUCAAACAUGUUCAUGAUCUUGAUGUGCUCCCUCUUCAAAACCACAUCUUUGCUCAACAAAAACCUAUUUGUCAGCUGUCAUUACUAACACCAGAAAUGGUGCCUGGUAUGAAAAUGGUGGCUUGGAAUGGGAAUCACUACUUUCUGACACUAGCUAAUUUGUGGGCAAAUCUGAUUAGUUCUGAUCCUCCUAAGUUGCCAGACCUACAAACUGGGUGAGGGGAAGAAUCAUGCAGAAAAGUUUGGGAAGUACACACCUUUAUAAGCUCCUCAGCGAAAUCAUGGAAAAUGUUGGGAAGGUUUUGUUUAGAAACUGUGUGGCUGAGAUUACAACACAAUCCGAUUCUUUUCCUCAAGCACAAGUCCUGUACAGGCAUUCAUCAAGGUUUCAAAACUGGAAGGUUCAGUCAUGGGAUGGGCAAGACCACAGAACGACAAUUACAAACCCAGAUGGCCAUGCUGCAGCUCGGCUCUUUCAGGCAAUGCAUCCAAUUCAAUCCUUGUUUCUUCGUUUCGCAUUCUUUCUGUGGGAGGUGUAGCAUAGCAUGGUGUGAAUGAAUGUACAGGUGUUUUAUUAUCGUCUGAAUUUAGUCUUGUAUGAUGAUUUGGAGCUGGGUGAUUUGAUAUAAGCACCCAUUUUAUACAUAGAACAGAACUAUGAAAGAACAGAGGACAUUCAAUCCAGACCCUCUCCCCCCCACCCCUCCCCCUUGGCCCUUUUUCUGUUAUUGGCUUUGCAUAUUCAGAGUUACAAAGAGAAUAAUGAGAAAGAUUUUUUGGUUUGUUAA